AUGGAGGAGGCCAAACUGAUUCGAAUGGCAGCAGCAAUCAGUGAGUACACUGUGAGCAGUAUGCUUCGAGAAACUGUUCACGGCGCAGCUGAGUCGAUUAAUCAAGCUGUCCUAUCAGUGCAAACCCUCCCGUGGAUCCCUGAACACCUACUGAGCGAUCUUGCUAAAGCACAGCAGGAUCUAGCACAGUUGGAACAAAGUGCAGUUAAUUAUCAGAAAGAACUAGCAGCUGACGUAGAAGAGGCACAGAAAGCUCUAAUCCAGGACCGUCAUUUCCACGAGAAAGACGAGCUCGUUUCGAAUUUUAAUUCAGAGGCAUAA